AAGUGAAAAGUGAAAACUGUAUCUAGUACUCAGUUACUAGGAUAGUAUUAACAUUUUAUUGAAAUGUAUUUUAUUUUUUAAACUUGACCCUGAUGAAAGGACAGUAAAAUCAGUCAAAGCUCGAGGUCAGUGUUCUGACUUCUGACUUUUGUGAAGAAGUUUUUAAUUGCAUUUUCCAGUGAAUUAUAAAUUGGUUUUUGUAUUGUACUGUAGAGAAUAAAAUAAUAGUCAUUAGCAGUAAAAGCAAGUGUUCCUCUUUAAAGCGUAAUUAAAUAAAUUUGUUUUCAACGAAUCUUGUUAUUAUGGCUAUUGUAAAAACUCCGGUACUCAAAGUGAUUUUAUGCGGCGAAUAUGGUGUGGGGAAAAGCUCAAUAUUUCGACGAUUUAUUAACAAUACAUUUUUACCGAAUUCUGAUAGAAGGUCUACUUUAGGAUUAGAUCAUUUCGAAAAACUUUUCCAUGUUGGGGACAAAGAUGUCAAGUUACAGCUAUGGGACACCGGUGGCAUGGAGAGAAUAGCAUCAGUUACUUCAAGUUAUUAUAAAUAUGCCGAGGCAGCUGUAUUAGUUUUUUCUUUAGAUAAUGCCUCAUCAUUUCAUGUACUCAGCCAACAUCUACUAGAUAUAGUUACUUAUGCUGAGAAUGCCAAAAUAUUUUUAUGUGGUAAUAAAUCAGAUUUAGAAGGAUUGUGUCCUCAAGUAACAGAUGCUGAUAUAGAGAACUUUUGUGAACAAUGUCACAAUUUGAUAAGCAGUACAUAUAAGACAUCGUGCAAAAGCGGGAAAGGCUUGGAUGAGAUGUUCUCGGAUAUAGCACAUCAGCUGGUUGAGUCAAAUAGAUCCCGGAUUGAGCUACAGAGACUUGACCACAACAGCUUCAAAAUAACCCAUCCCGAACCCCCCGACGAACCCCCAUGUAGCUGUUGAUUUAAUUUAUACAUUUCAUAUAAUAAUUAUCAUUAUUUUGUAGAGCUGAAUUAUCAUAACAGUAAUAAUUUUUUUAUUGUCAAUUUUCAAGCUUUUUUGUCAUUACCUUUGAACAGAGAUGAUUCUUAAUUAUUUGUAUCCAAUAUUUCAGUCCCUAAAAAAUGGCACUGGACUCUAUAUUGUAGUUGCAUUUUAUUUUUUUAAUGACAAUAUUUUUAAUAUAUGUCAUAUUAAAUUAUUUUUCUUAUAAAUAUUGUGUGAUUGAGGAUUUUUUUUCUCAUAUUUUUUUAUGAUGAUGUUACAAACGUCCUGUGUAACGGGUUGUGUUGAAUUAAAGUUACUACAUUAAUUAACUUCUCAUUAAAAAUUUAUUGUCACUUAACCUUACAUAUUCUCUUUUAUUUGACAUUUAUAAUGGAACACUAACUAAGGCCUAAUCUGUAUUAUUUAUAAGUUUUGUAUUUAAAAUGAGUCUAAACUGCAAUGAUAAAGUAUUUGUACCAAUGUCUCUAUGUUAUUAAAAAAAAAACUGUAUAACAUUUGAAAUAGCACAAAAUUCUUUCUUCAAAUAAUAUUUUGUUCCAUUUCCAAAUCAAAAUUAAUUUAUAAGAUUUUAUUGUUAUUGUGAUUUGAAGAUACAUAAUCUUCAUAAUUUCUUUAUGUACCUGAAGUAUUUUAGUUUUUAUUCUAUCUCUCUCUAUUUUUGUUUUUUUUUUUUUUGCUAAUGAAUAAUUAAAAACAUAUUCACUGUAAGGACAGGCUUAUAUUAUAAAGUGCAUCGACUGAUUAAAAUUUUGAUCAUUUAAUAAUGUUUACACGCGAUUGAUAUUAUUAUAUAAAAAUAACUUAUAUUUUAUAAGCUAAUAUUUGUUUGUUGUACCCUAAAUGAUCAAAUGGUAGCUUUAAAUGUUGGCCAAAUGUAUUGACAGUGAUGUGUAAAAUACAUAGGUGUGUAUUGUGAGAGUAGUGAGUCACAACAGCAUGAUUUAAUCAAUAAAAUAUUCACAGAU